AUGAGGGAAACACCCUUCAAACUUGACACCUUGGUAUCAGUCCCUCAACUCGUGUAUCGUGGCUCACAUCUUUCUAAGAUCGACGACAAAUCAGGUUAUGACCAUAUCUUCCUAUCAGAGGACUCCCAGCAAUACUUUGGGAUAGAGUGGAAAGGGUGGUGGUUUGUCUGUACCACCCUCCCGUUUGGGUGGAAAAACUCUCCAUUCGUCUAUCAGUCCAUCGGGAGAAGCGUAACAACAUUCCUCCGCGAGAGGGGUAUCACAUGCUCUCUGUACAUCGACGACCGGCUGGUGGGAGAGAUUUUUAGYGGRGAAGGUCACUGGUCUCGUAGUAUAGAGCUACGUGAUAAAAAAUUUAGCCGGGAAGCGGCUGGAGCGGCCUUGUAUGUAACGUGCUCAUUGUUAKUAAGCCUAGGCUAUUUYYWGGGCCUCAAGAAGUGYACRUUGCGGCCCACUGUAAACAUCCGGUUUCUAGGAAUGAUCRUCGACACAGAGGCACAGGCGUUUUUGAUCCCACAAGAUAAGAGAGUUAAAUUUGCUGAGUUAAGAGAAGCAAUCUUAUCUUGCAAAGUUUCGACAUCUCUCAAGGCUAUACAGAGAAUCAUGGGAAAAUGUUCAUCAUUUUCCCUAGCUUUCCCCGGAGCAAAGUUUUACAUACGGGAAAUGGCGGCGGCGGUGAGCAAGGCAAGUAAAGGCUMAGAAGUGUCUCUUUCCAAAGGUUUAAGGGAGGAAUUAGAAUUCUGGCGUUUCCUAGAUUCAUGGCAUAGGCCAAUCCMCUGGAGACGAGAAAGUCAUGUCUCGCUUAGAAUGUCGACGGAUGCUUCUGCUUUUCGAUGGGCGGCCAAGAUCCAUCUUGCAUCUGAUGAAAGAGAAAUCGGUGAUUACUGGACGGAAGAUUUACGUCAAGAACACAUCAACAUCAAGGAAAUGUAUGCGGUACUGCUAGCAUUUCGAUCUCUCCCAGAUGUAGUCAAGGAUGUCAAGGAUGUCAACGUUGACAAUCAAGUAACACUCAAGUCGUGGCAUGGCCGCGGUCCAAAGUCACGGGGGCUGACCAAGGUGGCCCGCCUGUUAUUUCAAGAGGUCACAGAAAGAAAUGUACUAUUGGAGAUGUCAUACGUUCCGUCAAGCGAAAACCAAGCGGACUUUUUCUCUCGUCAUCUUUCGCGGUCAGAUGCAAUGCUUUCCCCAGAUGCCUGGAAGAUCGUGCAGGAGGCUUUUGGAGGACCAACGGGACACAAUCUUGACUUGAUGUCACUAGAUUCGAAUGUUCAGAGGGAUUACAACGGAGAUCCACUACGCCACUUUACGCCRUUCCCUAYACCCCAUUCGGACGGUGUGAAUGUCUUUGUGCAAGAUCUAUCAACAUGYGACGGAAAACRUGUUAACGCCUACGUUUACCCGCCAUUUUCGCUGAUUGGUCCCUUGUUACGAUUGAUAAGGUCCUGCAGGGCGGUGGUAACACUGGUGGUACCAAAGCUUUCUCCUUUACCAGUCUGGUGGACUAUCAUCAACGCAAGCAGCAGCUGGCGCAAAGAGGAAGCGUAG